AUGAGAGGACGCACAUCACCGCAGUUAGGAAACAGCGAGAUCUCCAAAUGGGCAGCUGUCUCACAAGUAGUGAAAGAAAACAAGAUCGGUAUACUAUGCGUCCAAGAAACGCACCUCACAGCCGAACAUGAGUCCCAAAUAGACAGCAUAUACUCCCGACGCAUCAAAAUCAUCAACUCCAGAGACCCGCACCGCCCAGGAAGCUCCGCAGGGAUCGCCUUCAUCCUAAACAGAGAGAUAGCCAAUACUGUAGACUUAGAGACCAUCAAAAUAAUACCAGGCAGAGCCAUGGUCCUGAAAACGAAAUGGCACAACCAGGAGAACCUGUUAAUACUAAACAUCUACACCCCAAACAACCACGCGCAACACCCCGAAUUCUGGGGCAAAAUAUCACAAACAUGGUAUGAGAAAAACUUACCGAGCCCAGAUUUCAUGAUGGGAGACUUCAAUAUAACAGAAGAUAUCCUAGACCGAGCCCCAGCACGACCAGACAACGACAAUGCCACUGAAGCUCUACGAGACCUGCGGCACCAACUGAACGUCCAAGACACUUGGAGACUGAACAACCCAACGUCAAGACUCUUCACAUAUAAUAGCAAUACAAACUCACUAUCAAGGCUCGACCGCAUAUAUACGGCACCCUCACAUGAGCGCAACACACACAACUGGGAAUCAUGUACAUCAGUGAUCCCAUUGGACCAUCGAAUGGUCUCAGUAAGACACGCACCUGUAAAUGCUCCUUAUAUCGGGAAAGGACGAUGGACUUGGCCCACCAGUUUACUGCACGACAAAAAACUUAUCAAAACAAUCAGUACCCUCGGCAAAUUAACACAACAAAAGAUCCUCUACCCCCAAUAUCCAAGGCAUGAAACAGAAAACCCCCAAUACUUCUGGGAGUCGUUCAAGAACCAAAUAAGCCAAGAAGCGAGGAAAGCUGCGAAAGAGCACCUAAACAAAAUAAGAUCCCAUAUUGAACGACUCGAAAGCGACCUAGAAAAAACGCGAAAUGGGCCGCAACAGGCGAAACUAUGA